AUGGUAAAUGCUAAUUUGCUACUGCUAUUUUUCCGUGACCCUGAUCCCAAACUUCGCUUUGAAGCUCUCAAGAAGCGCAGGAGAGGGGGUGCGGGGCGGGGGCGCAGGGCUCGAGACCGGUCUCGGUUCCUUCCGGAGGCGCCGCAAUGCGCCCAGCGGCCGCACUAGGGUGAAGCAGCAUCUUGGGGCCUGCGCUUCGGGGCGAGCGCAGCUCAGGGCUGGCACAUAGAGGAUGAUCAUUGCGCAUGGCUCACGUUACCCUGGGUGUCCCUGGGCUGGGCUUUUUUUGCUGUCCUCGACUGCCAAGGCAGGGCGCGAGCAGCCCUCUUCGGCGCAAGCCACUUGCCAGGCCACGUGCUUGAGGCGUUGGGCCCGGCUCCUGACCAGCCCGAGGGCCUGUGCAGGACGCUUCACCAUGCCUUCUUGAGCACAGACGCACACCUGCGCUCGCUCUGGCCACGCGGCGAGCCAGGAGGUUCAACCGCGGUGGCGUUGCUCGUUUUCCCAAGAUUUCUGUACCUGGCACGCUGCAGUGACUUUUGCGCGGUGCUGAGCCUCUCGGGAGCUGUGGCCUUCGGCACCUAGGACCAUCGGCCCCUCCAGCUCCAGGAACUCGAACGUAUCCAAGACGCGGGCGGCACCAUCUGCCUCCGGCGUCUCGAGGGCUCUUUGGCAGUGUCACAAGCACUGAGAAAUUACAAAGAGGCUCCGGGAGGGCCUCCUGAGCUGCAGCUUGUCUCCGCGGAGCCUGAGGUGACCGCCCUGGCACAGCGUGUGGAGGACGUGUUCAUGCUCCUGGCCUCGGGUCUGCAGGACUAGAUGUUUGGCGCUGUCCUGGCGGCACUGGUGACAUCACGCCUCUGCUUGGGCCUGGCCCCAGAGCUUCUCUGCCUGCAGCUGUUGGACUCCUGCCUGUGCGAGGGCCUGAGCCUGGAUAACACGACCUCCAUCCCGGUCUGCUUCCCCGGGGAAACUAGGCCUUGUGAGGAGGCGAUCAGGAAGGAGCUAGCAUUGGAUGAAGCCCUGAGCCGGCAGACUCUAGAACUGUGUUCCUCUGCCCAGGAGUCCCCAAGCCCAAACCCGGUUUUCAGGACUCUGGCCUCUGAGGACAUCCCAGAUUCACCUCCUGGGGGAGGGCUCUACUGCAAGUGAGUCUGGGUGGGUUGGGGUAGAAAGUGGGAGAGGUGGCCAGAAAAGUGUCCCCUCCUGAGGGCCUGUCUGCUCUCCAGGACAGCUGUCAUUGCUGAAGCUUAUUCUCAGUUCUUCUGGACCUCAGGGGAGUGCUGAGAGCAUUUUUCUAGGUAUGAAGGGGGACAAGCAAGAGCAGAAGAGACUGUGCUUCCCCUCCAAGAAAUUUGCCCCCUGCCAUGCUCCGGAAAGCCCCAUCAUUCCAAGCAACACCCCUGCCACCCAGGAUUAAGGCAGAAAAAUCCCAGGAAUGUUGCUGACCAGGCCUGGAUGCACUGCAGACCAGGACAUCCUGGAGGACAGUCUGGAUCUUGGAGAGAGAUUGUGAAUUGGGCCCAGACAGCCUAAGAGCAUUGGAGACUACUCCAAAGACGCCAUGGGUGGGGCUCAGGGUGAAAAUGGGAAGGAGGAAGCUGGGGCCAGAGCCCAAAGGCUUUUCCAUAACUUGGUUAUUCCCACUUACAAGAGGGGGUUUGUUGAUAGUUUCUGAGUAGCAGAAGGAGGUAUUUGUCAGCAUUGUUUGAGUUGUGGGGGACAGAGACCCAACUAAACCUGGGAAAGCAAAACAGGGAGUUUGCUGAGCCAUGUAAUUAAAGAGUUCAGGGACAUAAGGCAGGACUGCAUUCAGUUGUCAGUUGAUGUCAUUAGGAACCGUCUCUUAGUUCCUCCCAGUUGGCUUCAUUCCCAGGCAGGGUCUUAGCAUGAGGCAGCAGAGUUGCAGCUCCAGCCUCACACCUCACAAGCCUACCAUCCUCAGGGCAGAGAAGGCACGGGUUUCCCGGUGGUUGCAGCAAUGGUUCCAGAGCUGGUUCUCAUUGGCCGCACUGGGUCACAUGCCUGCCAGUCACAGUGUCUCUGACUAGCCAGACUGUGGUCACAAGCCCACCCCUAGUGCUUAGGCUUAGGGUCCAGUGCAUCCAAACCUGAUGGACAGAGGAACGGUGGUGCCUGAAAUGAAAAUAUAAGUGGUGUCUCCAGAAUAUAAGGGAGUCGAUACUGAGAGGAAAGAAGGGGUGCUUAUUUACCAUCUAUUAUAUUUUGUGUUACAGAAGGUGCAGAAUGGGCCUGGGAAGGCCACUGGCACCCCUUCAAGCUCUGCCGUGGCCUUCCAGGCCUGACAGCUGUCACCCUUCGGGGCCCCAGUGGAACUUAGACACCUCCCCCUCCCCGGCUACGCAGAGCAGCCGAUGGAGGAACCCCAGAAUGUUUAUUUCCCCUUCUCCUACUUCCCUCUCACAAAAAGGCUUAUGAGAGAGGAAAUUCCACCCACCAUCUAGACAGAAAAAAAAACCCCAAAAACCCCAAACUGAAUGUUUGUGAAAUAUUUAGAGCUGAACAAACGAUGAGAGAUCACCCUGUUCAAUCACCUCUUCCCUUUCCCUUUUUCAUCGGUUUUGGGUAGGAGGCAGCAGGAAGUUUUUAUUAUUAAAUUAUAAUUACAUGAUUCAAAAUACAUUUAACUCGUAGGAAAAAAAAUACCUCAAACAUUGUUUGCCCAGUCGUUUGGCAAAUAUAUUGAGCACCUGCCCAUAGCCAUCAACUGGGGGACUUGCUGAAAUUCCUGCCUAUUUGAGGGGCCCAGCUCCUAGUGUGUGGGGAGAGACAGCAAAGGAUGAUAAAUAGCUCUGGCUGGUGGGGCUCAGUGGAUUGAACGCUGGCCUGCGAACCAAAGGGUCAUCGUGUGGAUUCCCAGUCGAGACACAUGCCUGGGUUGCAGGC